GAAACUGGAUACAUGGUUUACAGCAGGUCACUAAUGCUAGAAAAAGUACAGAGUCCAGGGAAAGACUGACUUGGAACUUUCUGAAUUCUUGGAUUUUUUUUUUUUUUUUCCGUAACUUUCACUACGGGUCCCUGUGGCCGGAUGCGUCCUCACGCAAGCCCACAACAUUUGACAAGCUGUGCUUGUUUUCAUGCCCAAUGAUUUCUGCUUUACGCCAAAGGACCACCUGUAAUUUCAUGAAGAAUGUCUUCUAAUUUGGAUUCUGGGGAUUUACAAGACUCUCUAAAGCAUGGAUUUACACCUGUGGGUGCGGGGCUUCCUGACGGACACCAAGCCCCUCUCCCCGCCCGCAGCCGCCUUGUCAUGCUGCCUAAAGUGGAGACGGAAGCCCUGGGACUGGCUCGAUCGCAUGGGGACCAGGGGCAGAUGCCGGAAAACAUGCAAGUGUCUCAGUUUAAAAUGGUGAACUAUUCCUACGAUGAAGACCUGGAGGAGCUCUGUCCCGUGUGCGGGGACAAGGUGUCUGGGUACCACUACGGGCUGCUCACCUGCGAGAGCUGCAAGGGAUUUUUUAAGCGAACAGUCCAAAAUAAUAAAAGGUACACGUGUAUAGAAAACCAGAACUGUCAGAUUGACAAAACGCAGAGAAAGCGCUGUCCUUACUGUCGAUUCCAAAAAUGUCUAAGUGUCGGAAUGAAGCUGGAAGCCGUGAGGGCCGACCGCAUGCGCGGAGGAAGGAACAAGUUCGGGCCGAUGUACAAGAGAGACAGGGCCCUGAAGCAGCAGAAGAAAGCCCUCAUCCGCGCAAACGGACUGAAGCUCGAGGCCGUGUCUCAGGUGAUCCAGGCGAUGCCGUCCGAGCUGGGCAUCUCCUCCGCGAUCCAGAGCAUCCACUCUGCCUCCAAAGGCCUACCUCUGAACCACGCUGCCUUGCCUCCCACAGACUAUGACCGGAGUCCCUUUGUGACCUCCCCCAUCAGCAUGACCAUGCCGCCUCACGGCAGCCUGCAAGGCUACCAGACCUACGGCCACUUCCCCAGCCGGGCCAUCAAGUCCGAGUACCCCGACCCCUACACCAGCUCUCCGGAGUCCAUCCUGGGCUACUCGUACGUGGACGGCUACCAGACGAGCUCCCCGGCCAGCAUCCCGCACCUGAUCCUGGAACUUCUGAAGUGCGAGCCGGACGAGCCGCAGGUCCAAGCCAAGAUCAUGGCCUAUUUGCAGCAGGAACAAGCGAACCGGGGCAAACACGAGAAGCUGAGCACCUUCGGGCUCAUGUGCAAGAUGGCGGAUCAGACGCUGUUCUCCAUCGUCGAGUGGGCCAGGAGCAGCAUCUUCUUCCGGGAGCUGAAGGUGGAUGACCAGAUGAAGCUGCUGCAGAACUGCUGGAGCGAGCUCCUGAUUCUCGACCACGUCUACCGGCAGGUGGCUCACGGGAAGGAAGGGUGCAUCUUCCUGGUUACCGGGCAACAAGUGGAUUACUCCGUGAUAGCGUCGCAAGCUGGGGCCACCCUGAACAGCCUCAUGAGCCACGCCCAGGAGCUGGUAGCGAAGCUGCGUUCCCUCCAGUUCGACCAGCGGGAGUUCGUGUGUCUGAAAUUCCUGGUGCUCUUUAGUUUAGAUGUCAAAAACCUCGAGAACUUCCAGCUGGUGGAAGGGGUGCAGGAGCAGGUGAACGCCGCCCUCCUGGACUACACCUUGUGCAACUACCCACAGCAGGCGGAGAAGUUCGGGCAGCUCCUGCUGCGGCUGCCGGAGAUCCGGGCCAUCAGCAUGCAGGCCGAAGAAUACCUCUACUACAAGCACCUGCACGGGGACGUGCCCUACAACAAUCUCCUCAUCGAGAUGCUGCACGCCAAGAGGGCCUGAGGCGCAGCCCGCGGCGCCGCUUCCACCGCGAGAGACUGGUGGGGGAGGGGGUGAGAACAGGAAGAGAGAAAGAAGGAAAAAUACUCUGAACUUCUCCAAGCAACACUAAUUAAAAACUUGGUUUAGAGGGACUGAAUUGACAAAGGCGUAGUAAUCAAAUACUUAAUAGCAAAUAAAUGAUGCAUCAGGGUAUUUGUACUGUAAACUGUGAAUCAACAGCUUCAUAUCCCCAGAGGAGUCCACGUGAGACGCUGUCACGGGAUGGGAUAGACUCACAGACAGAUGCCGACAGCACAUCAGAACAAGACUGGACCACACCGUUCCUGUAUCUUUAAACCCAUCUCUGCGAUGAAGAAAUGGAGCAGCCGAUCUGUGUGUUUGUUACGCUUCUACAGCCGGGGAUCUGAGCUCACACAAUUCCUCCUUGGCGAAGCAAAUCUGAAACACUUCUCAAGAAUCCAUCCACUACCCGGGGACUAGUCCCUCCCUCUUCCCUUCAAGGACCUGGCACCUUCUGUCCUGCGAUCGAUCAGGAGGUCGAUCGAUCUCGGAGCCUAGAACUAGGACUCAGCCACACCCACUACAAGCUCUGCCAAAUCUCAAAAAGCCUAAUUUUGAAUGUCUGUGUCUGAGACCUGCAAACAGCUAAUGAGAAUAGUCUAUUAAUAUGUUAGCUUGCCAUUUAAAUAUGUUCUGGUUUGUUUUGUCAUGUGUUCAUAAUGUUUAAAAAAAAAAACAAACAAACAGGCAGUAUCCCUCUCCUGAUCUUAUAUAAAUAGCACUCAUGGGUAGGAAAGGAAUGGACUACAAACUCUGAAACACAAGCACCCCAGCUGAAGCAAGCUAGCCCUUAUUUCUGCUGCUGUUACUGAGAUGUGGCUUUGGCAUGGUUGGAUUUCAUUAAAAAAUUCCUGGCCGAAAGGCUUGUGAGGAUACAUCAGUCUCUAUAAGCAUCAAAGUUUGUAGUUCACUUAAAAAUAAAACGUGCGGCCUCCUAUUUUGCUGGGAUGUCUCAGAGUUACAGUUGUAAGAAGUUUAAAACAAACGGAAGCGCAGGGGAAGCCAGGCGAACAGGAGAGAUGGGACGGGCGGAUAAUCGAUCGACUCGCUCGAACAUCCCCUAACCCAGGACAGAAACGGUGGUUUUACCUGUGGCUGGAAAGGCAGGAACGUGAUUUAGACCCUCCCCAAAAGGGAGAGGCCGGCGUGGCCCUGACCUUUCUGAGUCAGAGACCAAAGUCUGUAGACCAAGACCCAGAGGGCAGGAACCGCCAGACCACCCCCAACGCCGCACUCAGCGUUCCCGGCCCACAGAGCCACAGGCAUGGGAGCCUUGCCUUAGUCCACGAGUUUGGAAGAGAGCCGGCAGAUGCGAACCGACGUUUAAGAUAAAGUAUUAACACUUUACAGCCAAGUAAAAUAUAGUGUUUACAUUCUUUAGGUCCUGGGGGUGGGGGGCGGGAGGGGACCGUGAUAGGACAAAGUAGCUCAAGCAGUGAUUUCCUUAAUGUUAUUUUUCUGAUCGGUAAUUAUUUUGAACAGUACUUAAUUAUUGUCUGUCGUGAGACACUAAAAUCAAAAACAGGAAUCACAGUUAGACUUUAAUUUUUUUUUUGAGAUUAUCGGCGGCACAAUCACUUGUAGAAACUGUAAAAAAAGAAAAAAAGAAAAAAGAAAAAAAAAGUAUCUCCUAGCCCCUUAAUUUUUUCAUAAAUGUUUCUGGCUUUUGAAUAGGUUAUUUAUAUUGUAUAUCAUAGUUUCAACUGUAGACAAUUAUGAUGCUAAUUUAUUGUUCCUUGGUUUCACCUCUGUAUAAGAUAUAUAGCCAAGACUGAAGAAACCAAAUAUAUGUGUAUACUGUAGCAUGUCUUCAAGUUAGUGAACACCGUUCAGGGACAAAGAAGGGUCUUAAUGAAUUAAAAUCAUUCACUUGAUUACAUGUCUGUAAAUCUUCCUAAUUAUUUCUGUAGUUUAUUUAAUGUCUAUUGUAAAUUAUGUGACUUGUAGCUUCCUGUUUUCAAGUGAAUUUCGCGAGGGUGGCGUCUUUCCUGGUUUUCCUUUCCAAGCAUUGUAAGUCGUAGACCAAAGAUAUUAGUUAUUGCUUCUGUGUGUACAAAGAAGGCUCUUCUGUUAUUUUUAUCAACCACCUGUGCUCCUCGUCCCCAUGAAGGGCGCACACCGGCUACGCUGGGCACCCGCAGCACCACACGCAGAGUCCCAGCCCCGUGUCCUCCCUGUCGCCCACAGAAUGGCAGGAAGGGGCCCCCAGACCCCGGGUCCAAAGCAGCAAGCGGGCCGGCUGCACCGCCUCUGCCCAGUUCAAAACCCAGGGGGCCAGGAGGCACAUGCAGAAAU